UGGAAACUUGUCUCCUUCGCGUGCGCUGAUUGGUUGAUGAGGGCGUGACGUCACGACUGAGAAACCCAUUCGCUAGAGAACAUAAGCCUGGCGCGCGGCAGAAAUGUAGAGCAUUUUAGACGCAGUGGUCCGGUGACAAAGUACUUGCACCGCCUUAGAGAUAUGGAACACUUGAGCUUGAGAGAUCUGCUCUUCUUGUUUUUCGCCUGGGCGCUCAUAUUGACGGAUAACACAAUUCUGGCCGCCCACGAGAAAGACGAGUUCCGCAUCUACGACCGUACAUUCAAAGCGACUAACACACAAAUGCUGGAGAUGAUAAGACGAGCAAACCUAGAGGAACACGGAUUCACAAGAUUAGUCUCCAGUCACUUGACAACAAAACGCACAAGCGGCUCACAGCUACGCAGAGAUGUCCACUACACAAAAGACGUCCCUUGUUCCCAGCUUCCCGCGGUAGAGAGAGAAGUGAGAGCUCUAUUACCGGGGGUAUGGGGCGAAGACGUAUCCUCCAGAGUACAAGACAUAGUUUUCCUAAAAUCUCUACAUGACUCCCAGCGAUGCACGGCGGGAAUUGAAAUCCACUUCCCCACCCCUGGAUGCAAUGCGAGGGGAAAGCGCACGCCUCUUUUGAGGCGAAAAGCGCGGGAAACAAGGGAGGACGACGCUAGCCCGGGUGAAUCGUACAAAAAACGCCGACCGAAUCCAUGUCCUGAUUGGUGUAUAGUUUGCUUCAUGGCUCAGACGGAGCAGUAAGAAAAGUUUAUCUCUAGAAAUUAAUUCAAUUAAAUACCCUAAUAUCAUUCAAAAUAAGUGUAAUAAAGCAACCAACUUUUUAGCGAUUGUGACGAGAACCAGAUAAGAAAAGUGUAAGGUUCUAUUCUAUCUUGAACAUGUUUCAGUUUAUUUAUAUUAUUUUGUUACUAUCUGUAUUUAACUUUCUCAAGUUAUUUAAAAUUGCAUUGAAAAUAAACAGGAAAAUGUGAAAAUUCA